AUGUUUGUCGCAUCCGAUGAGUACUUUUUGCAGGUGAUAGGGUUCAAGGGAGUUGUAUGGAAAUCAGUAACAGACGAUUUACAUCCGAAUAUCUGGGAAAAGCAACAUAUGGACAAAAUCGUGCCAUCAAUACUGUUCAAUCUUCAGGAAGCAGAUCAAUUGGAUGAACCCACUAAAUCGUUGACGUUAUUCGCUCCACUCAGCGACGAUCCAAAUCGUGAAGAAAGUCCACGUGCCUUAUCCGAUCGAUGUUUACGUGAACUUAUGGGAAAGGUAUGGAAUAAUUGA